AAGCUCAAUAUAAACUAAUUUUUACCCGCUUUAAAGCCCACUCUGGGUCGAAUAUGUUACUCACAUAAACUAAAUAUGUGUUGUCUACCAUCUGAGGUGGAUAGAGAUUAAAUAAACGCGGUCUGGAGCCGGGGAAAAGCGGGUUUGAAGUCUCUGUACUCCCAUCUCAACAUGACACUCGCCGCUGCUGACGUCACCGAGCCAUCUUUGUCCACCUAAUCCAGGCGGCUGUUUGUUCCACCUUCAUCAGACCCGGACAGCGCCAGGCUCCGAGCUCAGGUGCCGCAGAGCAGCCCAGGCCACGAAGGCAGAAAAACAGAGAAGGAAGAGGAGGCUUUCGCCUGGGAAACACAGCCGUGCUCCUCCUCGGAGAUAUAACCACACGAUAACCGACAACCCGACGGCUGCCAGAGGGUAGAGAGGAGCGCUCAAUCCGCGUCCAUCUGCCAGCCACUUACGCCCGCUAAUAUUUCCACCUCGGAUUUCAGCCCAGCUGUCCCGCUAAUACCGCCAGGAAAAUGUCUGCCCCAGCUGCCGGAGGAGCCCCCGCACCAGAGGGAGGGAAUCAACCUCCCAACCUCACCAGCAAUCGCCGUCUCCAGCAGACACAGGCGCAGGUGGAUGAGGUGGUGGACAUCAUGCGUGUGAACGUGGAUAAGGUUCUGGAGCGUGAUCAGAAGCUGUCAGAGCUGGACGACAGGGCCGACGCCCUGCAGGCUGGAGCCUCUCAGUUUGAGACCAGCGCUGCAAAACUGAAGAAUAAGUACUGGUGGAAGAACGCCAAGAUGAUGAUUAUCCUGGGUGUGAUAUGUGUGAUUAUCCUCAUCGUCAUUAUUGUGUACUUCAGUACCUAAGAAGAGUCGCUCCUACCCCGGUCUGAUCCCAGCUUCCUUGCUACAGAAAAAAAAAAACAACCCCUCCAAUCGACGACAAAUUUAACCACAGAUAAUGAAUUAAUUCUAUGUAUGUAUAUCUCCCCCCAAGUUAGCCUCCAUAUAACCCCUGUAAGCCCUUCAGGGCCCCCGUGGCUCCCCCACUUCCACCACCUCGCCUCUGGACCCCUCUCAAUAAUUGUUCUGUGAGUGUGCCCCCCCUUCCACUGCCUUCUUUCUGGGUACUCUUGGCUUUUCUAACCUGCCAUACUGAGAACCAAGCACCUGUGAUGACGCAACAGCAGAGGCGGAGACAAUUGGCGAUAAUCGUUCCAUAACUGGUUCUGAUAGUUCUUUGUAGACUAUUAUUCUGAUAUAUAAUGUUUUGUAGGUGUGUAUGUGUGUGUGUGCGCGUGCAUUUUGUACUUUUUUUGGUUUUGGGGUUCAUUUACUUGUAUGCUUCAGCGUAAACUACUGCCUAUGAAUAGAAGUGUGUAUCAUGCAUGAUUCCAUCGCCCUGUGUUUUUGCACAGAGGAAUUCCAAUCCAUCCGAAGAGUUUUCCCAAGCCGACAUAUCUAUCAAGAGCCUAAACGAAAACCCAGGAGGCUGAAACUUAAAAAAAAACCCUUAGAAAUGCACCAGAAAACUCAAGUUUAACUUUCCCCCCUGAGGCUUGAAAUGCUCAAACCCUCAUGAGGGAUAAUCGGUUUCUUCUCUUGAACAUGUGUAGUGUCUUUAAACGGCCUGUGGGGUGCGCUGUCUGGGCAUGCUUGGGCGCCGCGGUUUCCUCUAAUGAUUUAAACUGCCAUAGUAGAGUUGGACCAAUGUCUGUAGAUGUUUCUUUGAUUUCGAUGUUAACGUAGUGUCUUAUUUCGAGAACAUUCCUUCAUUGCAAUCUAGUGCAGAUGCUGUUACUGUAGCACAUAGAGGUGUGUGUGUGUGUGCAGGGUGGGGGGGGCUGUCAGAGAGGUUGGUUAUGCAAACACAGGAGGAGAAGGUGUCUUAGGAUAAACUCUCCAAACUUUUUUUUUUUUUUUUCUUUGUUGCGUUCACACAUGUGGAGAAACGGUCCGAUCUGAAACCAGAACCGGUUCAUUUUGCCGUCUCAUCGAUUCCCGGAAAGCGGAGCAAGCCUUAGUCCUCGGGUCACCUCUUAGUUUCUAGUCAACACUUUUUAAGUUUGUGUCGGAGGAGUGUUAAAUGCACAAACAACCUUGUUUUUGAUGGCGCUGUACGGCUGCUGCCGAAGGAAAUGCAACCCCUCCACAAUAAGAGCACAUCGGACUACCAACAGUUUAGCCUUUAUAGCCCCGAAAUUUGACUGAUUUUCACCAGCUCUCUAACGCCAGUUGAAUAAUUUUUACUUCCCUAAAAUACUAAUACGAGUCAGUGCCGUUUCUCCUGAUAGUUAAGACCUUUUUUUUCUUUUUUAAAUAUAAUAGAUUCUAUUUUUCUUACAGUAUAUUUUUGUGUGAAACCGAUAAAGAGGAGGUGUGGAACCAGAAACCGCCAACGACAGUAGUGAGCUCCUCUUUGUCUCCGCUGUGUUUUUUUGUACUCCAGCUCUGUGCGUUAUACACUGCCAAGCACUGAAGGAGGCGCCGUGUCUUACUGCUACUGUUUCUUUCAGUGCCCCCCCUCCCCUCCUUAUUUUGGGCCCUCACUUUUUAGGAGAAACCCCUUUUUAAAAAAAGGUCUGCAGACUUGAAAUAAAAACGCUCGACUGCCUUCCAGAAAUAUUUUAAUCAAGCUUUAAAUUUGUAGUUUUUUUUGGUUUUUCCGUUUGCUCAAACCACAAUCUCCUGCUGUGUGUGUGUGUGCAUGUGUGUGUGUGUGUGUGUGUUAGAGAAGAUCUGUCUUAGGUUAUCCUCAGUUUAUCCUGACGGAUUAGGCCGUUUAAAUCUCCAAGUGACAGCACGCCGUUUCCUUGUCCGGGCCGAGACACAUUCAGUCGAAGCAUACUCCUCCUCCUCCUCCUCUUCCUCCCACCAUUACCUUUUCCUCCGAAACAGAGAAAGAGAGUCAACAGCAGAUGAUUACCAAAGACCUGUGCUUACGCUGCCAAUUGCCAUCAAAAACAAGCAGAAAGAAACUUUUUUUAUUUUUUUUUUAUUUCCUCCGUCUUUAUUUUGAAAACAGGAAGUUUGGGUUGGGAGGGCCAUCCUAACAUAUAUAUGCAAGUUCAACCACAUCUCACCCCUUUCAUUUGUACCCAGGUCUGAGGAGCUUCUGUAACUAAAUAUAGCACAAACUUUUCUUUUACUCAAAUCAGCCAUUUAAGGAAAAUGUUCAAAGAAAAACCCUAAUCUGCACAGUGUGGUGUUUGUAAUGUGGGGUGUUUCGGGGCAUCCUGAGGUUUUAAGGGAUCUGCAAUCUACCCAGAUAUUCACGAGUACGACAAAAAGGUAGACUAAAACGUCAUAAAUGUGGUCCUCUGAGCAGCUGAACAGGACUCAAACCAGCCGAUUGGGGUAGGACCGCCGUGUCGUCAUUAAUUCCAACUGUCGUCCUGUGAGUGCUCAACACGUCCGGUCACAGUGGUGGAAAUGAAAGCGAGUGCUCUUAAUCUGUUGCUUUCUCGUCUGAAGUGCACAUCCGUUCCAACACCACGGCACUUUCUCCGUUGUGUGGUUUUUUUGUUUGUUUUGUUUUUGGUGAGAUGACUGAGAAAACUUGUUUUCUGUCAACUUCUAGAGCUGUUCGGUGAUCUCAACGCUGUGUUCAUAUCAAUACCGGGACUCUGAUCAGAUCCAGGUUUGAAUCCAACAAAAUUUCUCUCCCGCAACUUUCCUUCCUCCCUGAUCCUGAGAUGAUCUGAACACAGCAACAGGAGGGAACCUUUGAGGCACUGAAUCUUCUCUAGAUGUUUUUGAGAUGUGUAACAUUCGCCAAUGUGUUCAGUUUUUUUUUUUUUAAUUUAAAAAAAAGUUGUUUUGCUUCUGGUCAGAAAAAACUUUAGAUGUCAAUAAAUUUGUUUGUUUCAGGACUGAUGGGUAAAGAUAAACAAAGCAGGAUGUAAAUGGGGGGAAAAAGAAAAUUAUUUUUACCGUCAAUUGUCCAGACUGCUUAGAAUGAUUCCAGUUUACAUCACGUAGCUGUUUGUAUUUAUUUAUGUUCUUUUUGUUUAAAUUGAUCUUAUUUCGAAAGGAUUACUUUAGGGGAAGAGUGGGCUUCUGGGAUGUGAAGGCGCACAUUGCCUUUGUUCCUCCGGCCUCACAGGAGGGACCUGACCGGAGGAUCACCGGCAAUGUGCUCAAAUUCAUUUAAUGUUUUCGCUUUUAUUUAUGAAUAGAGUUUAUUGUGCUGUCCUUUGGUAUGGGAUUAGAAACGACAACAAUGUUGAUUCAACGUACAGGAGACUGAAUGAGAAAGUACAUGAAAAAUAAUUGUAGUGUAAAUUUAUCAAUGUCUUAUUAUAUUGAGGAACAUCAUGAAAUAUAUGUAUAUUGGAAAAACAGUAUCUAUGACAAGUUGUACUUUUGUGUGUGCUUCAUGUGCUCUGUGAGUGUGCUGCAAUGGGACCUGUGUAAACAAGCAUGGAUUUCUAUUCGAUACUGACACAGACCUUUUCCCCAGUCAUCAUGACAUGUAAGUGUGCCAAAAUACAUGGAGACCUGGAGCCAUAAAUUGCAAAUUUCUGCA